AAAAGCUUGACCGGAAGCGUCGUUUUGCACAAGAGGACGCUCCUGUCGUCUUACACGGGUUUUCAAAUUUGCAGCUCUCGCGCCUGAACGGCUUCUUUCGUUGCGACGGCCCAGCUCUGCGUUUUCAGCCCCCAACUCCUGCUCUGGAAUCGCCACCCGGAGCUCAUCAUUCGCCGAUCAUCACGUUUCAUGAAACCAUCGGAGUGGUGCAAAUCUUCCAUAGCUCGGAGCUAUGUGUCGACUGUCGACGUCGAAUUGUUCUAGUUGGAUCAACUGCACCUCUUUCAGCAAAUCUCGUGCUCUCAGAACGUCCUACGGGGAAUGAAUUGCGAGGCAGAAGACCGCGCGCUCCAUAAUUUUGUUGAGAUUUUGGGAGAUUUUGCAGAGUUGACCGACUUUGGGGCUGGUUGGGUUCUUGUGGAAUAUAUUAUGAAAAAUCCUGUCGACUUUGGGUCCGGGUGCAGAAUUUGGAGUCGCAAUCUCGGAUGUUUAACACUUUCAGUUUCCUUCGCAGAUUCCGAGAAUGGACGUUGAGGAGAAUGUCGAGAUUAUGUCACAAGUAUAGAAUCACAGUAAGUAGUAGCAUGUGAGAAAUUUUUGGGAUGUAAUAACUUGAUUUGGAGGAAAUGCUGAACGAGCUUGCUGGCCAUUCACACGGUGUGAGAUGUGUUUCACAUGGGGAAAAUGCACAUGCGCUUUAGUGUUCGGUGUGCAAGGUAGAGUUCUCGGAAGGGAAGACCGAACGCAGGCAACAAGGAGAUAUGGUUCUCAAAGAUGCGCGUGGGCAGGCCAAACCGGUUGCAGCGUGCAGGGGAGACACUAUCUUGAAGCUUCUGCACAAUUCAGACCUCAGGGGACUCAGUUCUUCGCUGAAGACAUAUGUCGCACCUUUGUUCGGAGCUUAUGGGUAUGGGAAGGAGAAUGAUGCAAAAAUUGAAUUGCACAAGCUUGCUAGAGAAUUCACCCCAUUCCUUGUGCAAUUUUUAAAGGUUUGUGGAGCUAGUUUGGCUUCCGUCCCAAUCUCAGGAGAUGCCGCUGACCAGGGCAGGGCCGAUGAGCUGUUUUCAGCUAUGAUAGUAGGUCUGGAUAGUUUGAAUCAGUUGCGAUCCUUCCUCACGGGAUGUUCAUUCGAGAUUGAGAUUCAGAGAUAUGGACUGGUACGCCGUCUCAUGGCCUGGAGGAGAUUUGGUGACGCCUUAGCACAGUCCCAAACCUUGUUUCGCAGUCUCUGCCAUAUUAAUUCUCUCUCCCGAGCUAACAUUGAGAGCGUUAAGCAAACGACCACAGCGAAGGCCAACAGAGGAGGUAGUACCAAAAAGAAAGCUGCAGCAGAGGAUUUGUCUCCAGAAGAAAAUGAAAUCCUAGGUUCGCCACCAUUAGGUGACCACGUAGUGGGAUUGCCUACUUUGGUAGUAUCAGCUGUUAUUGAUCUCAUCUGGUGUACAGCUGAAGCUGCAACAGACUCCACUAAUUGCUUUGAGAAGCUACUGAGUCUGCCUGAGCAACUGGUUCCAUGGAUCAGCUUGUUGGAUGCAGGAAACGCAGUCAAACAGCGCGAUGCUUUGUUCAGGGCUCUAUACAAGUGCACACUGGUUGUGAUUGCUCAACCAACGCGAUUUGGGACUAAGUUACUUCAAGAGCUCUGCAAGCUCACUCUUGGAUAUUGUGCGUCAUCAACUCAACGUGAUCAGUACGCCAAGGUCGCCAGGAAGUUUUGCAUCUCAUUGAGCAGCGUAGAUGCAACGUCAAGAAUAGCAGUGGACAUUUGUUCAACGGCUCUUUCGAAUAUCGCGUCGCAUGAUGAGUUAGAAGGGAUGCGUAGGAAUAUCGAGGUGCUGGAACUUGUGGACUGGUUCUCGCGCUCGUGCCAAGCAACAAACCAAGUUGAAUUCGGCUGGCAUCAAAUCUACAGUUUUGUCUUUCACAAACAGCAGGUCAGUGCAGACAUCCCAGUGGCAGUCUCGGGUCUCUAUGGAAUUGGCUUAUUACUGGUACAAUUAGACGGGGAACAAAGGCCUGCACACAAGAUACAAGGGAGUCGUGAAAAUAGCCCGAAACAAAUUGUUAGUGAUUUGGAAAGCCAGAAGGGCGAAACAAGCUUCUUGCGUGAAGCUUGCUUCCUACUCCAAAGUUUAGAGGAUGUCCUUCAUUGCAUUCUACAGCUGCAUUUAACAUCUACAUUGGACAAGUCAGGAAUUGAGGGGAACUUUCAGAUCUCCCCUGCGUCUGAAAAAUGGCGGAAUCACUUGUCUACUUUGCAACAAGAAGGAGACGAGUUUCUACCGAGACUUUUUUUGGGCAUAGCAAGAGCUGUGCAACAUGUGCAAAAGCCAGCUGCAAGAUACGCCCAAGCGUUAUGGAAUGAGUACGUUGCAGGGUCUUGUUGCAAGACUACGUUACUUGACGGAAACUUCCACGCCCACCUGAGGAAGGUGUUGAAAUUGUGUCAUCCACUGAUCGAGAAAGGGAUCAGAUGCCCUGGCCUGAAUGAAAAUGAUAGGGAUAUUCUCAGUAAAGGAUAUCAAGUUGCCUCGCAAGUUUCAGUAGCUGCACUGAGAUUGUCAUUGCUGCACGAUGAUGACAUUGAGGAUAUCGUCGCUCUUGUAAUUGAAGGUAUCAAGUACCUCCUACCUGAAGAACAAUGGUGGCUUAUGUCAUCAACCUACAACAUGGGAGUUCAACUGUUUAAUUCCAAGCAGUAUUCCUCGGCUUGCUGGCCUUUAGAAGUGGCAUACAAGGCAGCGUGGGCAAGAAUUAAUUCAAACCGCCGCGUUAUGGAAGCUAAUGCAUCUCUCAGUGAGAUGAUAUCGGAAGCGUGUGCUAAGUGUUCUGUCUUCGCUGAUGCACGGAAUCGGAAUGGUGAAUCCGAAGUAUCGAAGUUGUUGUUGAUUGAAGGAGUAACAGAAUGGGCGAGUGUCCAGCCUCUCGCCUCCAAUAUACAGCCUCCCCGUGCAUUAAUAAAGUCCUUCAUCAAGCUGAUGUGUGUAGACAUGAAGCCCUCAUGUUUCAGCAACGGUGGGCGAAAAGGUUGCUCCUUAUAUGGAGUGUUAGGUGACCUUCAACCUCCACUACCUGCCGAAACACUGGGAAUGGUUCUGGAGGAGGAGCUUGCAGCUUGCAAGUCAUUGAUUGAGAUGUUUCCAGAACAAACUCGCGAACUGGAAACACAAAUUUUUUGUAGUCUUCUAGACAACGUUUAUACCGGGGAUACCUUCCUUGUUCAAAGGUCUAGAAUAUUGUUAGAGAAAAGCCGACACUCAAGACUUAUUGAUUCUGGCAAUCUUCCAGACUGCAUCAAGGACAUUUCUGAAGCCUUAUGUCUAAUGGAAAAAGCCUGCAAGACCUCUGGAAGGAGAGCUCGGGAUUUGUCUUUCAACCGCAGGUUGAAAAGAGACAUGGCUGUCGCUUCUUCCAUGAUGUCUAUCUUAUCCUACGAACUGGAUCCGCAUUCUCAGAAUUUCUAUGCGUACGCUUCGCAAACGUAUCACACAUGGAGAGACUUCUUAGAUUUGUUCGAAAAUGAAAGUAGCCUUCGCAAGUAUCAAAAUUCUCUUGAUACUGCAGAGCAAGAUGAACAGCCUAUUGUCUUGCUGCUUUGCAUGAUGGAUCUUCUUCACAUCCAGGGUUAUUCUGUCUUACAAGUUGACUUAUACGGGCUGAUAUUGAAGGUUUCAGCAUAUCUGAAUCAGCCACUUUCAAAGGCAGACUGGCAUUCUUUUAUAAUGAACAGUCGAAUGAGCCACGUGCUCUGCCCAGUACUCUUUCCCUCGGAAGUUCUUUCCAGCACGAGACAAUUUUAUGAUCAUGGAGCUAAGCCCCGUGAAUAUUGGCAAGAAAAUGUCAAGCUAUGUCCUGGGUCAAUGAUGGAGGCUCAACUCUUGACCGUUCAAGAGGAUAGUAGCUGUCAGUGUGGAGCGAAGGAAGACAAGUACACAGAAACUGAUGUGCUUCAUUGUGUUCAAAAGAUUAAGGAAAUGACUCGCUUUAAUCUCUCAGAUGUACAGAAAACGAGCCACAUUGUCCUUCAGUCAGCAGAACUGCGUCACCUAAUUGCCGACCUCGCUUUACAGAGAGGUGAUCUGACAGAGGCGAUCAAGUAUGCAAACGAAGCUUAUCAACUGCGCUUGAAACUAUUCAAGCGCAUAUUUCGCGGUUUUGAGAAACUACCUGCUCAAGCUGUCGACCUUAACACUCCAUCAUCCACUCAAGAGGCCGAAGUUUUAGUACCAAGAAACCUUCCAGCUUCAGUGGCAGCGUCCUGCUGGCCAUUCACGGUGAAAAUCCAACAGUUUUUGUCAAUUCCAAGCCAGUGGCGAAUACUUGGAAGUUACGUCGAGAGCUUGAUGCAGGUUGGACUUAUAUAUGAGAAAAUGGGUGCUGCUGAUGACGCUGAGAGAAUAUUUCGGGAAGGUCAUCGAAUUGCAACGGCCCAAAAUCUGCCUAUGGUCUUGGGUUGGUUUAGCUCUUCUCUAGGUGAGGUCUAUCGGAAAAGGUUAAUGUGGGAAGCUGCGGAGAAUUACCUUUGCACUGCAAAGAAGACAUUUGAAAGGUUGGAUGAUUCUGCAACUUGUAAAAAUUGUAUCAGCACAGGAAAGGCUUCCCUGGAAAUUCGUAUUGGGGAUUUACUACGUCAUCAUUGGUUUCAUCAACAAGGAUCAAGUUGUAGCCCUUCCACUCCUCCGUGUGGCUUAAAAAUCUUCCUGGCUAAAAACUUGUCUGAUGCAGUAUGUUGUUAUACAACCGCAACUGUCACACUUUCUGAAUCAUCAGGAGGAUUUGACAUGUCUAGUUUUAUAGUGGAAGAAUCAAUUUCUAGUACGCAGAGCAAGCAGAGACAGAUGCUCAGCACCUUGCGAGAGGAGGGAAAGAAGGUUUCUAAGAAGAUCAUGGCUCAUGUUGUUGAGGAAACAGCAGGCCAAUCUACCAUAAGAGCAAGGAAACCCCGCCUUAGGAGGUCUGUGCAGACUAGAAGUUCUGCUUUGAUCCAGAUUGGGCCCGAUGACAGUCACGAAAAGGACUUGGAGGCAUUGUGUGAGGAUUUAAGUUUGACAUCAUUAUCGGCUGAGGAAGAAAAUUUCCCUAAACCUCAACGUAGAAAAACAAGGUCAGUCCUGAAAUCCGGAAGUCAUGGUGUGAAGCACGAAACUGAAGGUGCUCUAGUUAGUAACGAAUCAGUAGAGGAGCUUAUUUCGGCAGAACUUCCGGACAGAACACAAGUCAUGCAGAAGCCUCUGAAGUUGAAUAGGGAACUGCGCACAAUGCCGGACGUUAGACAGGGUGACGUUAUGGACAUUGCUCAGGCUGCAGAGGAAUGUAAUAAGGAGGAAGAUUUGCGGUCCCUCUCAUUAGAAGAGUGGCCAUGUCAUGGCUGGAAUCACUUGUACCGAAAACUUCUGGCUCGGAUUUUGCUGCAAAAAGGGAAGUGUCUAGUUCAUCUCGGGCAGCUCACUGAAGCUGGAGAAGUCUAUGAGAAAGCUGUGUCAACUUUGUACGCAAGAUCUUCAUCUUGUCUUCGUGACAAUUCAACUUGCAGUUCUGCUCCACUUGAGGAGGGUGUUCUUUUGUAUCAUAUGAGCCGGUUAUGGUUGCAAAGAAACCAGCAGGAUGAAUCUCUAAGGAAACGGCUGAAAUCAUCUAGACGAGGAACUGACGAGCUGGAAAAGCACAAGGUGGAGAUAGUUGACAGACUUUACCGCGCUUUCUCUUUGUGCCAUCAGUUUCCUCCAGUACUUCGCAAGAUCGCGAAGCUGCUUGCCGUCCUUUACGUGGCGCUUCCUCCGGAAAGUCCACUCUUGAAGCCAGGCCUGGUUUCUUCUGGAUUGGAAGCAGUAGAAGUUGCUGCCUAUUUUCAUCAGAUAUCGUUGGGAACUACGAUGCGCCAGCAACAUCUUGCAGUCCUUGACUGGAAAUUAAGUCAAAUACCUUUGAAUGGCCAGGCCUCGUCCCAGAGGCGCUUGAAGGAGUGCGUACCUAGCAUGCAGCAAGUUCUGAGAAUUCUUCCCUUAAGUGCAAAGAAUCUUGUAGUUCAAGUGAAAGAUUUCUUGAACUCGGUGCCGCCUCUCUCCGUCUGCUGCAUAAGUUUUGUUGACGAAGAAGACUUGAACUUGAUAAGAGUGCCUUGGUGUCCCGACCUUGAAAGCAAUUCUGGUGCAACGGCUUCCCUUCUCGUAACACGCUUUUUUGCGCAGAGUACGCCAGUAGUUGCGCUCUUACCUGUUGGCCCUCUUCAUGCAGGUGAAAUGCACGUCUCUUGCAGUGCUAAUGCAGGAGAAUCAGCGUCGAAUCCAUACUAUUUGACUGACGAUGAGGAAACUUCCACUUCCGAUGAAGAUGUCAGUACAGCGAAGGUUUUCCAUCGUGCUUCAAAUAAACGCCAAAGGAUGUUACAGAAGGUAGCCGCUGAGUUCGAAUCAGUCCUGGAGGAAAGUCGGCGGUCAACAUCUGGUACUCAUCCUGUAGCUACACCCGAGGAGAAGAGCUUGUGGUGGAAAUGGAGGAUGCAGCUGGAUAGAAGACUUGGAGCGCUUGUGAGAACGAUGGAAGUUUCUUGGUUGGGCCCUCACAAGUGUCUCCUGCUGGGAGAGCCAAAAGAGGCAUCAGCGUUCAGUGCGUUCGAGACUGUUGCGGACCACCUGUUUGAAACGCUGAAAUCAAUUGCUUCAACCAAAAGACAGGCGGGAGUUAAGAAUUUAAAUCACAGUUUAAUAAGAAGUCUUCUAAAAGGGGUCGGCUCUUUCACCGAUUUGGAGCUACGAACAGCCAUUGGAAAAGUUUUAGGGUGGAAUGAUUACUGCUACUGUGACACUCCUGAUGCUAAUAAUGAAACAGUAUGCAAAAACUGCGGAUCUGAGACUCUUGAACCGGUCAAGAAUGAAAACCUGCUGAAAGUAACCCGACUGUUCCGUGCGGCAUUCUAUAAUUUGUAUUGCACAUCCGAAACAGAUGUGAUGAAGGUUCUUGGGGGCGAAAGUGGUGGGAAGCUAACUUCGAGGAAACAGCCGAAAGGUCAAACUGGAAGAAAGAAAAAGAGUACAACGGAAAUCAUACCUGAUGUAGUCGUCGAAGACAUGAAGACCUCAGAUGUUCCUGUUAAGAGACAGCCUCUCCAGCUGAUUCUGGAUUCUGAUGCGCAGGCAUUACCUUGGGAGAGUCUGCCCGUUGUUAGAGAGUACGAAGUCUAUCGCAUGCCUUCACUGGGUAAUGUCCAAGCUAUAUAUAUCCAACACCAGAGUGAAAGUAUAGUUGACACGCAACUUUUACAAGAAGCAGACGAAACCAAUCGGCCUAGACCUGCGAAGAACGAUGUCGAAACCUCUGCUUGUGCCAUCAAGAAUCUGAUUCUGGACCAACCUCUGGAAGUUACUUUCAUAAAUCCCUGUAACACUUUUUAUAUUUUGAAUCCUAGUGGGGACUUGAAGAGUACCCAAUCAUCAUUUGAAGACUGGUUCACGCAUCAGCCGGGAUGGAAGGGUAAAGCAGGAGCGCCUCCAUCAGCCGAUGAAUUCAAGAGAGGACUUCAAGAUUUUGACCUCUUCGUCUACCUUGGUCACGGCACCGGCGAUCAGUUUUUGCCGGAGAGAUUUGUGCGGCAGCUGGAUCAAUGUGCCGCAACUUUGCUGAUGGGUUGCAGUAGUGGUAAAUUAAAUUCUCGCGGUCAAUAUGAACCGUUUGGAACAGUUCAGUCAUAUCUGAUGGCCGGGUGCCCGUCAGUUAUAGCAAAUUUGUGGGACGUGACUGAUGGAGACAUAGAUCGUUUUAGUAAAUGUCUGUUGCACAAGUGGAUGGUUCUGGAACCUGAAUCAGCAGGAGAGGAUGAUAUCAACAAAUCAUUCGUAGAUCUGGGUGAUUGUGAACAAGCAAUGAAAGAGGUGUCGAAUGUAGAUGAUUCUCUGAUAGAAGGAUCUGUGGACAUGCUACAACCGACUAGCAAAGUUUGUCCUAAAGCUGAUGCCACUGAGACAGUGCGAAUGAGCUCUGCCGUCGGGCGCAGUAGAAAUGCUUGCAGGUUACCAUAUUUAAUAGGUGCUUCACCUGUGUGCUACGGGGUUCCGACAGGUUUAAGAAAGCAAGCUGUCAGCAAGAUUGCUGGAAAUUCCACCAUUGUGAACCUCGAGCAAGUACCUGUGCUGUAGACAGACUAUCCAUGUCCUGCGUUUUGCAAGCUCUGGUUACCACUUUCGCCCUGAGCGGAUGCGGUGUCUAUAUGUUCUUUGUGAAGGAAUAUUUUUAGUCCACAAGCGAGCCAAGCUGUGGUAUUGCUGCAUUAAGUGACUACUGCUUAACAAGAAAGACAUCAGCCCUGGAAGUCUUUGACAACCUUUCAGUGAUACCUUGGUCUUAUCCUGCGAGCACGAUCGAGUUUUUCUACCAUGAAGACGGAGUUGUUUUGAUUCUGCUUUAAGAAUUGGCACGUGUUGUUGGCAAUUAUUGGCAGUGAAGUGGACGAAGGACUCUCUAGCUGUGUUGAACGUUCAUGAGAGCAGGGUGGCUGACAUUCCCAAUUGUUCUGGUAGUUUUGCACGGUCUAACAAGUUGAACUGGAAUGACUGAUCUGAGAUGGGUUAUUGAAGCUUUUUCAUUUGAGGUUUGGAAGACAAGCUUACCUCAUCUCAAAUCAAUCUGACAGCUUGUUCAAGACUAGCCAGUAGCCACGUUGUAAAAAUAAAGGAACAACAGUCAGGAAGCUUAAAUCUUCAAUAUGUUUAGAGAACAGAUUCAAAUGUCAACUCGUGUUUGAAAAGCCUGGAGUAGACUCAGAUUCCGACACCAUUGGUGACAAUUUAGAACAUUUAAUCUGGUUUAACUUGAGUGUAAUUUCUUAAGUUCAAUGCGGAGUGAUGAAAAUUUUCACUGACUCUGAUGUUUCAAAACUCGCGUCUUUCAAGAGAUUUAAAAUAUUCAGUGAAUUCAAGAGCGGCCCAAAGUCUACCGGGUUCUAUGUUAAACCACGGAUUUCCAAG